UCUCGACUAAGUACGCAGUCUUGAAACGCUAAGAUCUAAUUUUAGCUUUCAAUAUUGAAAAAGUGGUUCAUUACAAGAAUCAGAUGAGCAUUUUAGGUGUUUUUAAUAUAGUAAUGAUGGCAAAGUGUUACUCAGCCAGGUUUAUGGUAGUGCUGUUUGCAUUCAUUGUCUUGUUUGGUUCUCUUGCAUGGGCAGAAAUGCAUACCCACACAUUCGUUCUUGAAUCGACAGAGAUUACUCGGCUAUGUGAGACGUAUAACAUAAUUACAGUGAAUGGACAGCUUCCGGGUCCAACUCUGUAUGCCCGGAAUGGCGACACGCUUAGUAUUACAGUUUAUAACAAAGCCAAGCACAAUGCUACCAUCCACUGGCAUGGAGUGAGACAGAUCCGCACAGCAUGGUCUGAUGGACCUGAGUACAUUACACAGUGCCCCAUCCAACCAGGGGGGAAUUUUACGUACACUUUCACCAUUAUUGACCAGGAAGGAACGUUGUGGUGGCAUGCCCAUGUGUCAUGGCUUCGUGCAACAGUUCAUGGAGCAAUGGUCAUCUAUCCAAAGAAUGGCAGUUCUUAUCCGUUUACCCAACCGCAAGCUGAGUUUCCUAUAGUGCUAGGAGAGUGGUGGAACAGUGAUCCCAUUGAAGUUGAAGCCGAAGCUGAUCUGAGUGGAGGUGCGCCAAAUGUUUCAGACGCUUUCACUAUAAAUGGGCAACCAGGAGACCUCUAUUCCUGCUCAACGUCAGGAACAACAAAAUUCUCUGUAGAACAGGGGAAAACCUACCUUCUUCGUAUCGUCAAUGCUGCAGUCAAUAAUCACCUCUUUUUCAAGAUUGCAUCACACAAUCUUACAGUGGUAUCUGUGGAUGCCUCCUACACAAAGCCAUACACAACAGACAUUCUCAUGUUAACAUCUGGUCAGACUACAGACGUUCUUCUCACAGCCAAUCAAGCCCAAGCCAGAUAUUAUAUGGCCGCCAAAGUAUACACUACUCAAUCUGAAGCAAAUAUUGAUAACACCACAACAACCGCCAUUUUAAGCUACGUGGGCUCUAAUUCAUCUGCCACUCCAAUCUUUCCUGACCUUCCAGUAUACAAUGACACUGCAACAGUGACCACAUUUAGCCGAGCCUUACGAAGCUUGGCUUCAGAGGAGCAUCCGGUGGACGUUCCCCAAACCAUAAGUGACAGUAGCAUCAUAACCGUAGGACUCGGUUUAAUUCCUUGUGAAACCGGCGGAAACUGUAGCGGCCCGAAUAAUACCAGAGUAAGUGCCAGUAUGAAUAACAUAUCUUUUGUGCUCCCAGAUAUCGCCAUUUUGCAAGCUUAUCGCUUCGGCAUUAAUGGAGUCUUUACCACCGACUUUCCUUCACAUCCACCAGUUCUGUUUGAUUAUACCGGUGAUGUAGACAAAACUCUGUGGGCGCCAAUUUCUGGAACGAGGGUGAAAGUGAUUGAAUAUAAUGCCACAGUUCAGAUUGUGUUCCAGGGUACCAACAUCUUCCAGGAAGACAACCAUCCAAUGCAUAUUCAUGGCUAUGACUUUUAUGUUGUAGGAGAGGGUUUUGGUAAUUAUGACAAUGAAACAGAUCCAAGCUCUUUCAACCUGGUCGAUCCUCCCCAACGAAAUACUGUGGGAACUCCUGUCAAUGGAUGGACUGCUGUCAGAUUCAAAGCUAGCAAUCCAGGUGUUUGGUUCGUACAUUGUCACUUUGAUGAUCAUGUAACAUGGGGGUUGAGCAUGGUGUUUCUAGUGAAGAACGGUCCCACUGAGUUUGAAAGUAUGAAGGCUCCUCCUCAAGACCUCCCGGAAUGCUAGAGCAAAUUAUCGUGUUAGAAAUAUAAUUUGGUGUUGUUCCUCAUAAUGUACUGUGGGUUUCCUUUAGGAUGUGUACUUAGGGACAUAUGCAUUGUUUUCUCUUUUUAUAUCCAGGGUGUUGUUCCUCAUAAUGGACAAGAUUACUCACGCUUUGCAAAUGACAUAUCAUUCUUAUUCCAAUUACAAAUUUAAAGUUAACGUGA